AUGGGGCACAAAAAGCGAAACACUGCCGCGCGCUCGAAACAAGCCGCGGCGGCUUCUCCGGCGGCGCAAUCCGGCGUCGGCGGAGCCGCCAACGGUGCCGUAUCGCCGGACGCUGACGCGUGCAAAGUUUCCGAUCACAAUCCGCAUAACCCUAGGAAGAUCGAAUUGACUCCGCCCCAAUCCGAGGGUUCCGAUUACUCCACAAUCAAGCUCGAAUGCGAGCGCGCCCUCACCACGCUCCGUCGCGGGAACCAUACGAAGGCAAUGAAGCUGUUGCGGGAGAUUUGCGCCAGAGAGGAGGGCUCGCCUUACUGCGCGUUCGUUCACCGAGUGCACAGCCUCAUGUGUUUCAAAACGGCGACGGUUAUCACCGACCCGAGCUCGAAGCAACGGCAUUUGAAGAACGCGCUCGAGUCGGCGCGCCGCGCGGUAGAGCUCAUGCCGAAUUCCGUUGAGUACGCGCAUUUCCGUGCCACGGUGAUGUUGGAGGCGGCGACUGAAGGGAAGGAUUACGAGGAGGUGGUGCAUGAGUGCGAGAGGGGGCUCGCCAUCGAGAACCCCAGUGAUCCUGCCAAGGAGAUGUUGCAGGAUGAGAGCGAGCAGAAGGCAUCAUCUCCCGAGGAGCGCAUUGCGAAUGUGCAGAAUGAGUUGAGGCAGCUUAUUCAGAAAUCGAAUAUAGCUUCCUUGUCAUCUUGGAUGAAGAAUUUAAGUAAUGGGGAGGAGAGAUUUCGGUUGAUUCCGAUAAGGAGGACCCCCGAGGACCCCAUGGAGGUGAGGCUGGUUCAAGCUAAAAGGCCUAAUGAGAUCAAGAAGGUGAGCAAGACGGCCGACGAAAGACGGAAGGAAAUUGAAGUUCGAGUGGCUGCUGCUAGGCUGUUGCAACAGAAGCCAGAGGCACCGCAGUCUCCCAAUGAAGGAGAUAGGGAUGACAAACCAUUGGAUUCAUCUGCAGGCUCUGGUCAGAAGACAGGUGAUAGGAAAAGGCACGGAAAUGUGAAGAAGAGUGGCUUGACACCUGAGAAGAUGAAAUGGGUGCACUCAUACUGGAAUUCGGUUAGCAUGGAUAUGAAGAAGGAUUUUCUUAGGGUUAAAAUUUGUGAUCUUAAGUCGCACUAUGGGUCUUCAAAGGAUACUUUACCGAAUGAUAUAUUGUCAGAGGCUUUGUCUUAUGCUGAGGCCAAUAAAACUUGGAAAUUCUGGCCUUGCUGCAACUGUGAAGAGAAACAUUCCAACCCGGAUUCUCACAGGCACCAUGUUGUGCAGGAGCAUAUGGGGAGUCUUUCACCACAAAUGCAGAGACUUCUGCCCAAAAAUGUUGACAAUGAAUGGAUUGAGAUGAUUCUUAAUUGUUCUUGGAAGCCUCUGGAUGUCUUAGCUGCAGCUAGAAUGCUCGAUAAUAAAGCCAGGUUCAAAAGUCCAUCACUUCCGGAGGAUUUGUAUUUCGAUCAUCAUACUCUUGACUACAAUGAUUGUUUUAAAGAAGCAAGCAGCUCUUACACUGAGAAGGAAAGUUCAGGGGACACUCUUCGUAAUUGUUUGGAAGAAUGCAAUAACCAUUGUAAAAUUGUAGAAAAUGAUAUAAGAGAAGGUGUUGAAGACCAACUAUCUAUGGUUAAUCCCAUUAUUGAUUGUUGGCCAGUAUCUGACGACCCUGAGCGUGCAAAACUUCUGGGGAAAAUUCAUGCCAUGUUUGAGACUCUUAUUAGGCACAAAUGUCUUGCCGCUAGUCAUUUGAACAAGGUCAUACACUUUACUAUGGGUGAGGUACAGGGUCUUGCUGCUGGUUCUCAACUUCUAAGUCAUGGCGUGGACCAAACACCAAUGUGCAUAUGCUUUCUGGGAGCAUCACAGCUUAAGACAAUUUUCCAAUUUCUUCAGGAAAUAUCUCACGCAUGUGGGUUGGCCAGAAAUGCCGAUAAAGGUAGUAGUCCCACAAAUGAUUUGCUGAAUAUCAGUCAAGGUUCUGAGAUUAAAGACAAGAUUGUACUUGAUGGAGAUGCAUCACGCCUCCUACUGGAUGAGUGUUUACUGCAAACGCAAGUCACUGCUGGUACACCUCAGGGGUCUGUCUUAGAUGAUGUCACCACCCCAAGCUCCUCUGAUGGAAUUUCAUGCGAUAAUGAUGCUUUGCUAUCCUGGAUAUUAUCAAGUUCCCCUGUUGGGGAUCAAUUGACAUCAUGGCUGCGGAUCAGAGAAGAUAAAAUAAAUAAAGGAAAGGAAAUUGUCCAGAUGCUUGAGAAGGAGUUUUACCACCUACAGGGCCUAUGUGAGAAAAAGGGUGAGCGUAUAAGUUAUGAGGAAGCACUGCAAACAGUAGAGGAUCUUUGUCUUGAAGAAGGUAAGAAGAGGGAGACUGUUGGGGAAUUUGUCCAGCGAAGCUAUGAAUCUGUCUUAAGAAAGCGAAGAGAAGAGCUCAUUGAGAGUGAGAAUGAUAUGAUGUAUGUCAGCAAUAGGUUUGAGUUGGAUGCUAUAUCAAAUGUUUUGCAAGAAGCAGAAGCAAGGAAUGUCAAUCAAUUUGGUUAUGAUGAAACUUAUGCUGGUGUGACUUCUCAAUUAUGCGACUUGGAAUCUGGUGAAGAAGAUGAAUGGAGAAUGAAGGAGUACUUGCAUCAAAUGGAUGGCUGUAUAGAAAAUGCUAUUCAGAAACUGAAGGAGCAUUUAUCUAUAGAGCUUAGCAAAAUUGAUGCCCGAAUAGUCAGAAGUGUCACAGAGAUGCAGCAAUUGGAAUUCAAGCUUGGGCCUAUUUCUGUUAAUGAUUAUCGAGCAAUAUUAGUGCCUCUAGUGAAGUCUUACCUAAGGGCCCUUUUGGAAGAUUUGGCUGAGAAGGAUGCAAGAGAGAAGUCUGAUGCUGCAAGUGAAGCAUUCUUGGCUGAACUUGCUCUAGAUUCCAAGAAGGCUGUUAAAGGGGGAAGUGAGAGCACAAAACAUGCUGAGAAAACAAAAGAUAGGAAGAAGAAUAAAGAUCACAAGAAAGCAAGAGAUUUGAAGGUCACGGGUGAUCAUGUGCAGUUCUCAGUGGGAUCUACAAUUCCUGAUUCCAAUCUAGUUGCACCUGAAAGUGACUCCCCAGAUCAUGAGUCUGUUUCUGUGAACGAUGGUGAUUUAGAACAACUUGAAGAGGAAUUUAGACGUAAAAUUGAGCUAGAAGAGGAGGAAAAAAAGCUUGAAGAAACUUUGGAAUUCCAACGUAGGAUAGAAAAUGAAGCCAAACAGAGGCAUCUUGCCGAGCAACAAAAAAAGUCAUCUGGGUUGUACUUAGAAGUGGUAGAGAAUCUUCAAGAUUGUCAAAGAAAGGUCGAAACUGAUUCAUCAGAUUCAUACAAGCGUGACCAGUUAGUACAGGAGAAUGGAACCCGAGGCAAUCUGGAUGGUGUGCUUUCGCCCACAACAAAUGGUUCCAUUUAUUUGCAUCAAUCAAAACUUAAACAAUCAGAUUUGCCUAAUGGAGUUGUUCAAGACAAUGGGCUACCUGUGUCUGAUCGGCGUGCUGGAAAAAAACAUAAACGCCGGAAUUCUUCUAGACCUGUUGAUGGAAAGAUUGAAUCUUUUUCAUCCGAAAAAGAGAAUACCGAGGAUACACAUUCUGAUUCUCACUUGAGAGAGCAAAUCAAAUUUAAUAACAAUCAAGACGCAAAUAAUGUGUGGGAAAACAAUGGAUCAAAUGUGUUGAGAGAGUUGCCAGUAGAAGAUGCAGAGGAGGAAAGAUUCCAGGCGGAUCUUAAAAUUGCUGUACGCCAAAGCCUGGACACGUUUCAAGCUCGGGAAACUUUGCCUUUGGUUUCCAGUUUAAGAAUGUCCCAGAGGGCUUCUUCAAAGGUAGAUAGUGUUGAUUGCUCGCCUGUAGAAGACCAAACUGAUAAUGUGAAUGGGGCUACUUUGCUUGGUACUGGACUGAAGAAUGAAGUCGGUGAAUAUAAUUGUUUUCUCAAUGUUAUUAUACAGUCAUUGUGGCAUUUAAGACGCUUUCGGGUGGAAUUUCUUGGCAGAUCAAGAACAGAGCAUGAUCAUGUGGGUGAUCCUUGUGUUGUCUGUGCAUUGUAUGAAAUCUUUACUGCACUGGACAUUGCAUCAAAGGAUUCAAGGGGAGAAGCAGUUGCACCGACAUCCCUGCGGAUAGCUUUAAGUAAUCUGUAUCCCCACAGUAAUUUCUUCCAGGAGGCUCAGAUGAAUGAUGCUUCUGAGGUACUUGCAGUGAUAUUUGACUGCCUUCAUAGAUCAUGUACUCGUGGUUCAAGUGUUUGCGUCACAGAAUCAGCGGAAAGCAACCACGGCAUGGGAUCCUGGGAUUGUGCAAAUGGUAGUUGUAUAGCACAUUCACUUUUUGGAAUGAACAUUACUGAACAAAUGAACUGCAACCAUUGUCAUCGUGAAUCCAGAUAUAUGAAAUAUACCUCCUUCUUUCACAAUAUAAAUGCCAGUGCUCUCCGUGAUAUGAAGGAAAAGUCUUCUGCAAGUUUCUUCGAUAAUCUUUUGAAUCUUGUGGAAAUGAACCAUCAGUUGGCUUGCGAUCCAGAAGCUAAUGGCUGUGGCAAGCUGAACCACAUCCAUCACUUUCUUAAAACUCCACCCCAUGUUUUUAUGACAGUCCUAGGUUGGCAAAAUACAUGUGAGAGUGCUGAUGAUAUAAAAGCAACUUUGGCAGCCCUGAGCACCACGAUUGAUAUCAGUGUCCUUUAUGGUGGUUUAAAUCUUAAAUGCACCCAUAACUUGGUUUCAGUGGUUUGCUACUAUGGUCAGCAUUAUCACUGCUUUGCUUAUAGCCAUGACCAUGAACAGUGGAUUAUGUACGAUGACAAGACGGUAAAGGUAAUUGGUGGAUGGGCGGAUGUUCUUACAAUGUGUGAAAGAGGACAUCUACAACCUCAGGUUCUUUUCUUUGAAGCUGCUUUAAAUAGAAGCAGUAUUAUCGGGGGAACAUAUAGCAUAUGUAUGUCAGUUGUCGAAGAAAUUUUCCUCCCCUCCCCGUCCCCCUCCCCAAAAACAGAAAAAGGGUUAUGUAUAGUUCUCACACAAUUAGAUUUGUCAAAAUGUCAGCUUCGUGUCACUUCAGCUGUAAAAGGAGUGUCGUUUACUGAUCUACUGGACUACUAUCCUCCUUUCAAGAUACCUUGUUGGAACGUGCCGCAUGGCAGAUUUUGUGCAACAGUAAAUUCAGGAGCUUCCAUCUUUUGGAUCCACAACACUGUACUCUAUUUUUGUUUACUUUUUGCGGUGUGGGAUGGGAUCCGUAACUUGAGUAUGAUUCAAGGUAAUUAA